GACCCUGCCCGGAAGUGUAGAGCCCUUGACCGGUCUUUUUCGAAGGUCAAUACCAGUUACAGAAGCUUUGCCUGAGCCCAAGAUGACCGCCUUCAACGUUCGCACCCUGGCCUCGCGCGCUGCCCAGCGCCUCGCUGAACACCGUCCAAAAGCUGAGGCGCGCGGCACCGCUUUCAGUACGGAACGAUUGCCAACGGACGCUUUUGCCGGCGUUGACACUGGGUCAAUGAGAACUCUGUCCCAUAGUGAAGAAUCCUGCCCCAAGUCGAAGAUGGGCAGGUUCUUGGCAAAGAUUCGAGGGCGGUUCUCGAAGCGUCUUGCCAAGAGGGAGGCAAUAGACGAACCUUGCGCGAGCUGCCUCGAUAUCAUGCCCGUUGAGUGCUUGAUAAGCAUGCCUUGUCAGCAUAAGUACUGCAGCAGAUGCUUGAAACAAAUGGUGUUUACAGUCAUGCCAGAUGAAGGGCUGUUCCCACCCAGAUGUUGCAAGCAAAAAAUUCCAACAGAGGUCAUACUACCCGUGCUGACUCCAAAGGAGAGAACGGUGUAUUUGGCAAAGACACAGGAGUAUGCAGUCCCAGCUCGAGAACGCUGGUACUGCCCUGCGGCAACGUGUGGGCGAUUCAUCCCGCCAAAGCAUCUGAACAGCAAGCUCUCGUCACAAAGCUGUCCAUAUUGCAGCACAACGUUCUGUUCCGGUUGCAGAUUUCCCGGGCUCACUUCAAAAGACUACUUCCCAGAUCCCGGACUGGUGGCCGUCUUCGAAGAUCCGCGCCUCGGCAAAGGACAGAGAGGGUUCAAAUGUGGCUCUUUGGUGGACCUCUUAUUCAAUUGCGAUCAUGUUACAUGUCGAUGCAAAGCACAAACCUGUAACAUGUGUCGCAAUCCUUGGUUGUCGUGUACAUGUGCUAAGCCCGGCCAACGACCAAUUGAUUUCCUCACAUUCAUUGUUGGGCACAGUGGAGUGAACCGAGAUCAGGAGGCAGAACUGGCCGCCGUGGUGGCUGCUAUCCUGUGCAAUGAAAGGCUACAGGAUGAGGAAAUGGCAAAGACCCAAGGGAUAGACAAGGGAGGUCACAAAUGCCGAGAUCGGGGGAGUCUGCGGAUAGCACCGCAGACUCGCGCUAGGAGGGUGUCCUAGGCCUCUAGGCUCACAGUUGGGCCGUAACAGAUUGAUACGUUCUACCCAAAAAGGAACUGUCCAUAGUAUUGUCUUCCCUUUGUCAAAUGAAAAUGGAAAAUUCUUAGUUGGGUCCUUGUUAUCAUGACUCUACUAGAACUUCUUAUCGAGCUGCUUCUCUCCGUAGCUGACUUUCUUCUCGAGACGGGCAUCCACGCCCCAAUCCGGACCUGUCCAUAUCUCUACCGGGAUCUUCGCACUCCUCUGCCAGCAUAAUUUCAAGCAGCGGAGCAGCUCGACGCUCCUCUGGGCAGUCAUGGAGGGACGCGAUGAUAUGGUCUCAGAAAUCACCGCGAUUGCCGGCUGCACCGCCGAGAUUGCAGAUUCCCUCCACUGAGCGCCCCUGUCCUUAGCGACCAAGAGGAG